CACCAAUUCACACGAGCUAAUUUUUGGUCAUCGGUCAAUUUAUGUGGAAUCCAACGAGAGCAAAUCUUUUUUACGGCCAAAUGUUCAUGCAAAAUCGUGUGUAUGCUUCUCAUACUAAUGCCCAAGGAUGCCUCAAUCUCACGGUAUGUGUCAUGACGAUCCUGCUAAUUGGCCCAUUCAGAAUAUAUUCGAAUUCUUUCAUUCGUUUCAUUAACGCAAGUACGCUUCGGACGCAUCCUUAAUUAUAAAAUACGGAAAAAAUAGAAACAAAUCGAUACAUAUUCGUACAAUAUCGAAGAAAGAUCUUGGACAACAAACAAGCGGAACAGAACAUAACCAAACUUCAAAAAGCAAAGAAAAAAAAAAUUGAACAUGUGCCGAAAAAAUCCGAAAAUCACCAAUCAAUUUAGAAAUACUCAUCAAUUUGCAAUCAAUAGCGAUAAUUUAUUUUCGAAACACGACAAAACAUGAAUUUACCUGAUUUAUUUUGGGACUUUGAUGAAUUAAUGCACAGGAAAAAUUGAAAAAUUGUUCCGUUGGUCCAAUUGACAAUUGCGUCUCAAUUUCUUUGAUCGUUUAGAUGAUGAAAUUAUCAAACACGUUUUUUAAAGUUAAGAAUAUUUUCCAAUUUGUUAUCAAUUUGUUUGAAAUCACGACAAAAUAUGAAUUAAUUCGAUAAUUAUUGAGUUUUAUCUGAUUUUGAGCACACUAAAAAUUAAUUACGGUUUUUUCCGCCUUUGAGACUAAAUUAUUUCAACUAAUCCAAUUGGAGUUCGCUGUGUAAAUGCGAAAGAUUAUUUGACAUUUCGUAAUAACAAUGCCGACAAACUAGCUGCUACUGUGUAUGUGUAUGUAUCGUUGUUGAAAUGGUUAUGAGCAAAAAAAAGUCAUAAACACAAAAGUCAUCGAUGCCAAAAUAUUUACAUCAAAUUCAGGGACAGGCGUUGCUGUAAUGACCACCAAUUAUCGUAUAUUCCUUAUAAAUAGUAUAAAAGAGCCGAAAAAUCGACAAUUGCCCGAAAUGCCAAGUGAAUAUCAUCACCCAUACGUUCGAUUAAGACUAACUUUGAUGGUACUUACUUUUGAUUUGAUUUAUUUACAGAAUCGAUACUCGAUCCAACGUGUUGGAUUAUUAUCAAUGAAGAUCGAAAUACAUGCAGUUUGGUUGUACGUGAACAUGAAUUGUUCAAAUUAAGCCAGGGAUAUAGUGUGUGUUCCGUACAAACGGUAUCCAUUGAAAAUGAAUUUAAAAGUAUUUUCGCAAUGUCCGUUUCGUAUAAUCAUCGAUUUUUGGCAUUGUAUGUAUACAAAUAACGGCAUCGUUUGGAUGGGAACGUCUGAUUUGCAAACAAAAUACUGUGAAUUUAAAACAAAUCAAUCUGAAAAACCAAAGCAAAUUGAAUGGUGAUUGUGCUUCAUUUGUUUUACGAUAGAUACGAUCAUUUUUAUGGAUCUUUAAGCUUGAUUCGAGCUGCAUACUUUGGCAAAGCAUUUAUUGCCAGCCAUAAUCCAGAUAAAUACAUUGAAACAUGUCGAUACUAAAAUCGGAAUACCUUUAACAUAUGCACAGUAAAUUUGAUCAUGAAUUUAUUUUAUCAUAUUAACGAACAUCAACGUCACAUUCCAUGAAAUGUCAAAUCUACACGAACCAAAUGUUGUCAAAAGUAUUUAAGUAAGAGAUGGGCGCGUAAAUGUGGCGGCGCCACUAGUAAAAAAUUGCUUUACUGCGAAUGUACGGCUACUAUGCAAGAUAAAAAAAUAAUAAUAAAAUCACCUUUCGUCGUUGCUACUGAUGUCGUAUGUCGGUUCACUGCAUCACGUUAUCGCCGUGACGUUAUUCCGAUGCAAUCUCAAUUUUUGUCAGCAAUCUGUUUAAUGUUGCGCUUUUUGUAUCUUUCAUAUGGUGUGGUCAGGCUACAUAGUAUCUAAGAAUCCAUUUUCAAUCAACACAGACACACAAAAUCUCCAUUCACAUACAUUUCUGUUUCCAUCAUCAUCAUCGUCAUUUGAAAAUCUCGUAGUCAAUAGAUAUGGAAUAUAUCGAUUGGAGACUAUGUUUAAUUCAGUCAUUACUCAGCUAUAAGUGCUGAAUAACAUACUCUCCUAACGAUAUAUUCAAUAGAUAUUAGAAUUUAUGUGAAUAAUGAUAAUGGAACAGAAUGGAAAAAGGUUCUUUUGGUAAGUACUUUUUAUUUCUUAGAUGGUAAAGUACUCUACGUACUUAUUAUACAUCAAACUCUGUCUCGCAAGUAUGAAAAUAUGCUAACCUCACAAAUUCAAUAAAAGAGUUUGAAUCGAAUUGUUGAAAUUUGAAAGUUGUGACAUAGGAUGUUCCGAAUAAUUUCCAAAUUAAAUUUCCAAAGAUGUUUGGCGAUUCAACGAAUGGCCCAGUUUUGUUCAGUGAAAAAUGAACAUCCAGAUGUCGCAGAGCAAUUGCAAAGAGUGAGCAAUUAUUAUAGAGAGUCUGAUCGUCACAAUAUGUUUAAAAGGAACUCUGGAUUCGUUUAUAAGUUUGACAACGAAACAAGAAACCUUGUGCAAUGUCCAAUUGAUGAUCAAAAUAUCGAGUUGGAUGAUAUUAAUGAUAAAUUAAUACAUGCAUUCAGCAAUAUGUUGACUAAAAGCCAAGAAAAUAAUAUUCAACUGUCCGAUAAAGGAUUUGAUCAGUUUAUCGAUGAUUUUUGUGAUCGAAUGGAACAAUUCACAUUGAAUGAAGUGAUUCGUGCGAUGCAAAUAUUUGCCAAUUAUCCAUUGAACGUGAGUGUGGUUCGACAACGAAACGGAGUUGAGUUAUUUUAUGCGUUUGAUCAAGCUUGUUCAACGCGUUCAAGAUAUUUACUAGCAUCACAAUUGUUGUUUAUAAGUAGUAUUUGGUUAUCUAUUCCUUGCUCCAAACAAACGCAUUUUUCAACAAUGGUACCGCGUAUACUUAAUCGAUACAUGAAAGGCAUGAAUGCAUCCGAAUUAGCACAGGCAUUUUUGUACAUCAAUUGCUGGCAAAAACCAAUUGAGGACAUUCGCGCAUUUGAAAAUGUUUUUGAAAAUGUUCUCGAUGAUAUGACUAUAGAAGAAUUUGCAACAGUUUUGUGGACAUUCAUUCGUUUGGACACUAAAAUUGAAAAGCAGGAACUUCGUAAAAAGUACUUUGAUUUUUUGGCGAAAAAAGAUCUCAAUCAAUUGGCUGACACCGAAUUAUUGAAAGUAUUAACUAUAACAUCACGGAUAAUUACAUUGAACAUUGCAAAAUCAGAACAAUGGACAAAAAUUGUACAGAAUUUGAGAAAAUCGCUUAGCUGCGCAUCUUUGAAAAAAUGUAUUUUAAUUUCAAAUGUUGGCAUAUCAGUGAGAGCAUUCGACGAUGAUAUAAAUUGGCAUUUGUUCAAUCGAUGUUUGAACAAUCGGCAUGAACUGUAAGUUUAGCGGUUAGAUAAUACGGAAGUCCACGCUGAAUAGCCAGACUUCAUGAUAAGAACUAUUAACAUUGUUCCUUAAAUUAAACAAAAUUUAAUUUUUCAUUUAUUUGUUUGAUUGAUUGAUUGUUGAUUUGUUGAAUGAGCGAUGUGCAGUGUGUGAACGAUGCUAUUCUCAGUUUUCGCCAUCGUCGUCGCUACCGCUACCGCUAUCAUUACUAUCAUCACUGUUGUCUGACAAUUCACUGUUGCUCAAAUCGAUUGCAUCUUCUUCGCUGCUUGACGACCACCAUGACUGAUCCGAAUCGUAUUCAGCUUCAAUGGAAUUUUUUGAUGUUUGAUACUGAAAUGUAAACAAAAAAAUCAAAUUCACUUUACACAUCACAUGAAUUCGAAAAUUGUAUUCAACAAAUAAUGCAGCUCACCUUUUGUUGCUUUUUACGCUUAUUUUCUUCAAAUUGUUUGAAGCGUCGCUCUGCAUGUUGAUCUUGUAUCUUGGCAUCGACUGUGAAUGCAUCUGGCAAUUUUAUUCCAAAUAGUUCAUGAUGACCUAAAUACAUAUAUGAUGAAAAUUGAAUAUUAGAUUCAAAGUUAUAUAAAAAAAUAAAUGAUUCACUGUAAACAUACCGCGAAGUCGAAAUUUUCGACCGGCAUUAGUGUCUCGAUUUAAUGUAACCGAACAGACUUUUGUCGUAUCACCAAUAUCAUCAUCAUUUCGUAUGUAUUUCCAUGCGAUGACAUCUAGGCG